AUUCGAUUCUAAAAAACCAACAAUAUUUGAUUUUAUUUAUAAAGAAAAUUAACACAAAUUCAAAAUUUUAAACAAAAUGCUUUUUUCUACUUACCGUACCCAUUUAUAUGCUUAUUUAUACUUUCUUACAGAAAAGCAGCUUAACGGGUCUGCAACUAUUUGAAGAAUCUAGCUGAACACACUCUGCACUUUUGUUCAGUUUGUUAGAAGAGGGAAAACACUGAAGACUGAAUUGGUACAAAAGGGAAGGAAACAGUGCUAAUGGAUACGGACAGUACAACUAGCAGCAGCAGUAGUAAUAGCAAUGGCGUAAUAGUUACUGCAGAAAAAAGAAGGGUGAGAAUAGAGAAUCCUUUUACUUUGAAGGUGGGGCAAGUAUUUACUGGCUUUGGCAUUGGUUGUGGUAUUGGAAUUGGUGUUGGUCGCCCUUUAAAUCUAGGUGCAAUACCAAUGCUAAAUCAAGUUAUGACUGCCACUAGGGGCGCAACAGAUGCAUUUUCUGGAGUUGGAAGACAUGUUAAUAAUUCUUUGAGGAAGGUUGGGGCAAAAGGCAUUGAAGCAGGCAUUGGAUGUGGAGUAGGUUUUGGACAUGGUUUUGGUGUUGGUCUUGCUGUGAAGCGCGGAGUAGUGGAUCAGAUUCAGUUGUUUUUAAUUCAAGCCAUGACUAAAUUAAUGAUGAAGUCUGGAAUGUCGACCGGCUUGUCUGUUGGUCAAGGCAUCCUUCCACCGUCCUUGCAAGCUGGCAUGAGGACGAUCAAUGAAGCCUCUAAUCAGAAUCCACUGGGAAGUGUCAAUUCACUUGAAGUGAAGGUCCCUCAUAAUUCUUCUCUGGGCUUGCUUACAGAUACAAACACAAGUUCUCUAUCUUCUCAUGAAAAUGAAACUUCAAAAACUAAUGUCAGCUCUUCAAAUACAACAUAUAGCAGUCGAACUGAGAAGGUUCUUAGUAAUUUUUUGCAGAGUUCACUUUUGAAGGAUGAAGGCAGUACAGCAAAUGAGCUGUUAAUUCUAUGUUUGCAGUCGGAGCGUUUGAGAUCAGAGAACAACCUUCUUCAUAUUGUGUUGAAACACCAGCAAGUGAUUGACGAGCUCAUGCAGGAAAAUGAAAAGCUUCGCCAGAUACUAGUGAAAGACUUGAAAGUCUCGCCCAGUAAACUCCAUACCAGCUACUCUAGUGGAAGUAAGUUUCCAUGUACUGAAUGUUUUGAGUGCCGUAGAAAACAAAGGAGACGAUGAAUGUAAUUUCUUUUUCUUUUUCUUUGUUUCGAUAAGAUGAUGAAUAUCUUACGGGUUUUUUCUACAUCACCCGAGCAAUUGAAUCGAAAAGCUGACCUUCUCUUUUUGCC